AUGGCGGGCAGGUACACCAAGCUGGGCUACGCAGGCAACACGGAGCCCCAGUUCAUCAUCCCCUCCUGUAUUGCCAUCAGGGAGUCUGCAAAGGCGGUGGACCAAGCCCAGAGGAAGGUGUUGAGGGGCGUGGACGACCUGGACUUUUUCAUCGGGGAUGAAGCCAUCGACAAGCCCACCUACGCCACCAAGUGGCCGAUACGACACGGAAUGAUCGAGGACUGGGACCUCAUGGAAAGGUUCAUGGAGCACGUGAUCUUUAAAUACCUUCGAGCUGAGCCUGAGGAUCAUUAUUUCUUAAUGACGGAACCUCCGCUGAACACGCCGGAGAACAGAGAAUACCUCGCGGAAAUUAUGUUCGAGUCUUUCAAUGUGCCGGGACUCUACAUCGCUGUUCAGGCGGUGCUGGCCUUGGCGGCGUCCUGGACGUCCCGGCAGGUCGGCGCGCGCACGCUGACUGGCAUCAUCAUCGACAGCGGGGACGGGGUCACCCACGCCAUCCCGGUGGCAGAAGGCUAUGUAAUCGGGAGCUGCAUCAAACACAUCCCGAUCGCAGGUAGAGAUAUUACGUAUUUCAUUCAACAGCUGCUAAGGGAGAGGGAGGUGGGAAUCCCUCCUGAGCAGUCACUGGAGACCGCAAAAGCCAUUAAGGAGAGGUACUGUUACAUCUGCCCCGACAUCGUCAAGGAGUUCGCCAAGUACGACGUGGACCCCCGGAGGUGGGUCAAGCAGUACACGGGCAUCAAUGCCGUCAACCAGAAGGCGUUCGUCGUGGACGUGGGCUACGAGCGCUUCCUGGGGCCCGAGAUUUUCUUCCACCCCGAGUUUGCCAACCCGGAUUUCGUGGAGUCCAUCUCGGACGUCGUCGAUGAGGUGAUACAGAACUGUCCCAUCGACGUGCGUCGUCCGCUCUACAAGAACGUGGUGCUUUCCGGAGGCUCGACCAUGUUCAGGGACUUUGGCCGUCGGCUGCAGAGAGACUUGAAAAGGGUGGUGGAUGCCAGGCUGCGACUCAGCGAGGAGCUCAGCGGAGGCAGGAUAAAGCCCCGGCCGGUGGAGGUGCAGGUGAUCACGCACCACAUGCAGCGCUACGCCGUGUGGUUCGGCGGCUCCAUGCUCGCCUCCACCCCCGAGUUCUUCCAGGUCUGCCCCACCAAGAAGGACUACGAGGAGUGUGGCCCCCGCAUCUGCCGCCACAACCCCGUCUUCGGGGUCAUGUCCUAG